CGUGACGUUGAGACCCAAAGAAAGAAAGCUUCUUGUGGCCUCCGUAACAAGUAACGCAUGGGAAGCGGCUAGCUAGGUCCAUAGCAAGUUAUGAAAUGAGGUGGGAAAUGGAGAUGGAGGAAAUCGAAGCGAUUCUGGAGAAAAUCUGGGACCUCCACGACAAGCUCAGCGACACAAUCCACUCGAUUUCCAGAACUCACUUCCUCAACUCCAUCAAAACCCUCCGCAAAUCCCCCAACCACAAAUCCUCCUCCGACGAUGGCCUUGGCUUUGUUUUUGUGAAGGACAUUCGGCUUGAGGCCGAUGACUCCCUGAUUCAGGAGGCCAAGAGUCUAAACGCCAUUAGGACCGCACUCGAGAACCUUGAAGACCAGCUUGAGGUCUACCAUACCAUUCAAACACAGCAGCGUGCUGAGAGAGAUGCUGCAAUUGCCCGACUAGAACAAAGCCGAAUUGUUCUUGCAAUGAGAUUGGCAGAACAUCAUGGUAAGAAGUACAAAGUCAUUGAAGAAGCUCUGGCUUUUGUUGGAGACGUGCAGGGCACAGGGCGCUCUCUUUUGCGGGAAAACCUUUGUGGUCCUGGUGAGAAUUUUGUGACUGACAAAGGAAAGAAAUCUAAUAUCUUUAUCAAUGUCUUCCUUUCAAGCGUCAAUUUUGUGAGAAAAACACUCAGAUUGGAUAGUAUGGGUGGAAUAGUGGGCAAUGCUGCUUUGGUCGCUGUUAGCAUGGUUGCCUUCCUACAUUUGCAUCACGUAGCAUAUCAGGAGCUUCCACAUAGGCAAGAAAAUAGUCUUUACAGCAACAGAACUGGGAGAAGAAAAUUUCAACCAGAGGGGUCUUCAUCUAAUUCCCAUUCCAGUAAUUUGGAUUUAUUGUUGGCCAGGGGUUAGGAUUAAAAAUAGUGCUCUCUUGCUCUCUGAUCUUAGUGAAUGGGUGGUUGAGUUUUCAGAUAUUGAAGCUUUCCCUUCUUAGCCUCCAUGAUUUUUCUGCCAUUUGAGGUUACAGCGGAGUGCUUGAGGCGAGUACAAGCAUCGUUAUGCUGCAUGGUUCUAAAGUUGAGCUGCUGACCCCCGAAGAUUUUUGUUUUUGUUUUUUUUUUUUAAAUUUCCUUAAUGCUUUUAUCUGUUUUCCGUUCGAUGGCCAACGUGUAUAUUCCUUCGUCCAGCUGAAUAGAGUGUAAUCUGUUGAGUGUUGAGUGCCUUCCUUUUUCUUGGUUUUUUAUUUUUGUUUUGUUUUUCUUUUUUGGGACAAGAGGAAAUGCCGGUGCGAAUCUUUAUUUGUUCGGCCGCAUUCCCCCGCUUAUCUUGUUUGCUUGGAAUACUUUCGUGUGAAGUAGAAGCUGUCGUAGUGUCAUGUUUGCUUUGAAAGAAGUUGUCUUUGCAAUAUUAUAACUGAAGUUCUUAGAA